AUGGCUGGCGUGGCUGGAAGAACAAAUGUGAAACCAGGGAGCUGCAGGCUUAUACAAGUGCGAUGCGAGCACCAAAUAGGAGAUGCAGUGUUGUGGUCUCACAAUAAUUUGAUCGAGAGCGGAGUGUGUUCAAUAUCCGAAAAAGGAGUGGCUGAGGUUCCAGUCCUGAACAACUCCGAAGAGCCACUAAUUUUCAAAGAAGGGGAAACCAUAGGCGAAUGGUCGCAACACGAGUGGAUGGACCCACGGCUCGUAGAUGCAAAAUCUGACAUGCUAGAAAUGUCGAAGCAUAGCACUACUGAGUCAAGGAUGGCAACGCUUUUAACCCAUCUGAGCACAAACAGAAGUACGGGGAAUCUACCCCAACGAUUGAAAGCAUUAAUCCAAGAGUUUGCAGAUGUGUUCGCAGUAAAUGAUCAGGAGCUUACCCAAACAGAUCUGGUGCAACACGAUAUUGAUACUGGGGACACGAAGCCGAUAAAGCAGAAAGUCCGACCAGUACCACGAGGUGUCCAGCCCGAGUUCAAAGCUAUACUGAACGACUUGGAGGCUAGAGGCAUCAUCGCAAAGUCAGCAUCAGAUUGGGCCUCUCCUGUUGUCCUUGUGCAAAAGAAGGACAAAACGCUGAGACUUUGUAUCGACUACCGCGUUCUCAAUAAAUAUACACGGCAAGACUCCUAUCCGUUGCCAACGAUUGAUACAAUACCCGCUUACAUCAAUGAUGAGCCUGUUAAAACAAGAGCAAAGAGAAAGACCAAGAGAGAGCGAAAAACAGUAGUAGUGCAUAGUGUCACCACAAAUGAUAACUGUUCUUUCAGGAAGUACCCAAAACAACUCAUAAUGACGGAUGACACUUCACACCCACUACAUGUCCUGUUCUCAUGUAACGAAAAGGCCCGCGCCAAACCGCCAGGCGAUUUCAAUGGCUACCGCCUCGAAGUGCCGUGUCCAUUGAUGACGGACGGAGCAACGCGUUUGGAUCGCGUACUAAAAGGCCUACCGCCUAAUAUGCAAGGCAUCAGAUUUGAAAAUGUCUCAGCUGAUGGGGACACGAAGCCGAUAAAGCAAAAAGUCCGACCAGUACCACGAGGUGUCCAGCCCGAGUUCAAAGCUAUACUGAAUGACUUGGAGGCUAGAGGCAUCAUCGCAAAGUCAGCAUCAGAUUGGGCCUCUCCAGUUGUCCUUGUGCAAAAGAAGGACAAAACGCUGAGACUUUGUAUCGACUACCGCGUUCUCAAUAAAUAUACACGGCAAGACUCCUAUCCGUUGCCAACGAUUGAUACAAUUGUAAACUCUGUGGAAAUUCAGAAAAGCUGGUUCGAGGAACUCCAGCAAGAUCCUGACUAUGGAGACGUGAUAACAAAAGUCCAAGAAGGCAGAGAUCUCGAGGAAGUGAGGUUACCAAGGCAAGAAAAACCUUUCCGCAUAGCUGACUUUUGUGUUGACCAGAAUCAGCUAUACUUAGCCCUUGAAGAUGGUUCAAUGGCAAAAGUUGUGCCAAAAUCACGAAGACGUGCUGUCUUCGAAGAAGCACACGCAGGCUACACUAUAAAAGAGCUAUGUAAUCUGUGCGACUGUGACGCAAGCGAUCUUGUUCGAACAAUACUGGACAAUUGUAAAAAGACGAACGAAUUGCAGAUCGAAAAUGCACGCCUUCGUAAAAAGCUACUAGAGAAGCGCCGUGAAGAACUGUACGGAUCAAUCUGCCCAAGCAUGGAAGGUGAGCAGAUUCCACCGAAAGAUGGUAGUGAUGACGAAGUAGAACCAACUCCGUUACAGUUGACGAAAAACAAAAUGAGGCGAUCAACACGAGGGACGAUCCGAUAUUCGUUGAGUGGGCAAAUAGGUACGUCGAGUGAGGACACUGAUGUUGAGAGCAGUGAGGGGAGCAGAGUAGAAAAUAAAGCACGAUUGAGGUGCACAAAUGAUACAACUGUGAGAGAAUUUUUCCGUUCCUUGGCGAUGCCCGACAUUGAACCUUUCCAUAACGAAAGUAGUCAAAAAUUCGAUGAUUUUGUCAGGGCAUUCAAGCUCAAAUACCCGCGUAGGGCAUACAGCGACAGAGAUCGAAAGGAGAUCCUGGUAGGAUAUCUAGGGGGCGAAGCCAAGUUGCAUUAUAGUACCUUGUCCAAUGCUAUCAAAAGUAGUUCCUUUAACACAGUCGUUCAAGAGCUAAGGAGCCGUAUGCGGCUCGAAAGUCAGGAGUCACAGGCAGACGCUCUCAGGGCAAUGCGACUGUUGAAAAAGAAGGAGCACCAAACAGUGGAACAGUUCUGUCUCGAGCUGGAACUUCUGUCGUCGAAGGCGCACCCGCACUGCGAUGAAGCAGCUCUUGCGCUGAUUCGGGCAGAAGUUUUGCACGAGCAGCUCCGUGAUUGGCCGGAGGUGUACCACUUAUCUGAAAUCCUAGCUAACGAGGAUACGCGCUACGUUUAUGAACGCAUGAAAGAGGCGGCACUACGCAUCCAGCGUUUACGUAAGCAGCGAUAUGACUCUGGCGUGAGAAAAUUGGACAACUAUGAGAGGUGCGGAAGAUCUAAGCAGUUCACAGCGAACAGGUCGUUCACAACCCGUGAUAAGAGUAAGGACAAAGAAUCCAAUGAGAUUCAAAAGGUCAAAACUCGAAAAGAGCAGCAGAAGAUUGGUGAACGACCACCUUCCUCAACAAGCUGCACAAAUUGCGGCAAAAAGGGCCACAAAACAGAGGAAUGCUGGUCUAAAAAGAAGAAUAAAGAGGCCAACACUUCUUUCAGCGCUACUCUUAAAGGCUGGUCCUGCAAUAUAAGUACGACGGACACUAGGACGAGUAGCCUGGUGGGCCCAAAGCACAUGGUUAAGCUGCAGUGCCUAGGUUUGGAAAUCCCUGCCAUGAUCGAUACGGGAUCGCAGCUAACCAUCAUGCCACUCAGUUUCCUUCUCAAGGCGAAAGACGCCGGCGUAGACAUGGACGCUCUCUGUAAGAAGGUACAGGCAGAAGAACUUGAAGUCUACGAUGCAUCGGGAAAUCGGAUGGAUUUCCUAGGGUGCAUGGAGACAAAGCUGAAGCUAAUAGGAGGAAGGGAAUGCAGCGUGCAGAUGCACGUCAAACGAUUAAGGGAUGAGGCUGUUUUACUCGGAACAAAUGCUUUAGAAGCAUUGGGUGUGAAAAUCCUCAUCUACUCAAAACCUGAACAACAGUUUCAGCCUCAAAAGAUGGCAAAAAGGACGCAGGAGCAAAGCCGCUCUAAGCGGAAAAGAAUUGCUCCACAAAAAGCGGCCAUGGCUGUCGUGGCUGAAAGAACAUAUGUGAAACCAGGGAACUGCAGCCUUAUACAAGUGCGAUGCGAGCACCAAAUAGGAGAUGCAGUGUUAUGGUCUCACAAUAAUUUGAUCGAGAGCGGAGUGUGUUCAAUAUCCGAAAAAGGAGUGGCUGAGGUUCCAGUCCUGAACAACUCCGAAGAGCCACUAAUUUUCAAAGAAGGGGAAACCAUAGGCGAAUGGUCGCAACACGAGUGGAUGGACCCACGGCUCGUAGAUGCAAAAUCUGACAUGCUAGAAAUGUCGAAGCAUAGCACUACUGAGUCAAGGAUGGCAACGCUUUUAACCCAUCUGAGCACAAACAGAAGUACGGGGAAUCUACCCCAACGAUUGAAAGCAUUAAUCCAAGAGUUUGCAGAUGUGUUCGCAGUAAAUGAUCAGGAGCUUACCCAAACAGAUCUGGUGCAACACGAUAUUGAUACUGGGGACACGAAGCCGAUAAAGCAGAAAGUCCGACCAGUACCACGAGGUGUCCAGCCCGAGUUCAAAGCUAUACUGAAUGACUUGGAGGCUAGAGGCAUCAUCGCAAAGUCAGCAUCAGAUUGGGCCUCUCCAGUUGUCCUUGUGCAAAAGAAGGACAAAACGCUGAGACUUUGUAUCGACUACCGCGUUCUCAAUAAAUAUACACGGCAAGACUCCUAUCCGUUGCCAACGAUUGAUACAGGAGCUAUAACGCCGGGGAAACGGCACCGCGUUCAGAAAAGGGCCAACAACAUCUGUGAGAAUUGCCUAAGAAAGAGGCGGCAUGAUCAGAAGAUGCAAGAUAGUGACCACCUCAAGUUCUUUAUGAUUAUAUAUGGCGAUGACUAUCGAUCCGAACGUCAUGACAGGAAUGAAGUUGACGGAGAUCUCAUAAGAGAAAAUGCUGAGAUUUACAGGAGUAAAAUGAAGGAGUACUAUGAUAAAAGGCAAAAGGUCAACCCUGAGAAGCUCCCCAAAGUAGGACAGCGAGUGUUUUUGAAAAUGCCCGCUGAAAAAGGCAAAUCAAAGCAACCAAAACUGACAUGA